AUAAACCUGUCAUUUUAUAGAAUUUCAUAGGUUAUUUUUCUCCUCGGUAUGGAGAAGGAUCUGGUGUACCUGGUGACCGGUGGAUGUGGCUUUAUUGGAGAAUGGAUUGUAAAACUCUUGCUUAAGGAAGACUAUGUGAAGGAAGUUCGAAUUUUUGAUCUCAAUGAGAGUGAAGCCAUAAAACAUCUAGACACAGCAUAUACUGCGGUUACUUUUGUUAAAGGAGAUAUUACGGAGUUCAGCCAAAUUUUGUCAGCUGUUGAAGGUGUUGAUGUCGUGAUUCACACUGCUGCCCUUGUGGACUAUUUAGAUGUAUUUCCUUUUAAGAAGCUAGAAGCUAUAAAUGUUGGAGGGACAGAAAAUGUAAUAAAUGCAUGUUUGGUGAAGGAUGUGCCUUACUUAGUCUACACGAGUUCAAUAGCUGCAGUAGGACCAAAUAUAAAUAAUGAUCCACUGGUGAGAGUCACAGAGGACACUUUAUACCCUGGUGAACCUUCACUUUCAUAUGGAAGAACCAAGGCACAAGCUGAAAAACUGACCCGGUUGGCUAAUGGGCAACAAACCAAAAAUGGAAAGAAACUUAUCACAUGUGUAAUUCGACCAAGUAAUGUCUAUGGUGACAAGACACCAAAUUUGCUAAGUCUGUACAAAUCUGCAAAGUCAAAAUAUAAUCGCCUUAACUACAUUGAACCUGAUGAGAAUGAACACAGCUUAACAUAUGUUGGUAACAUAGCUUGGAUGCAUGUACUCGCAGCACAGCAGAUGCAACUCCAUCCAGACCGCCUUGGUGGACAAGUCUACUAUACUUAUGAUGACACUCCCUUCAAGCACAGGGUCAAGCUGCACCAUGACUUAUUCACUGAAAUGGACCCUGAUAUCGAAAUAGGGGAGCACGUUCCUUACUGGAAGAUGUGGAUAAUAGUUUUCAUCUACAGCUUGAUAAAAGUAAUUGUUAGGCCUGUCUGGAAUGUAAAGCCCUUUAUGACUUUACCUGUAUUGAAAUUAAUGACUAUUUCAUACAGCCAUGAUACUGAUAAAGCUUUCAGGGACUUUGGCUACAAGCCCCUAUUUACUUGGGUGGAGAGCAAGCAAAGAACUUGUCAGUGGUUAAAACAGGCAACUCAACAGCAAGGGAAUGAGGACAGAAAUGUCAAUUGUUAAACUAGAUUCCUAAAGCUUUUCAUAGGGUAUGUUCCCAUGUUCAGGUUAUUGAUGCAGUUUUUAAAGCCAAUAAAUGAUAAAUGGAGGAAACUUAUAAAGGAAAGACUAAAAUUUAUCCUUAAAAAAAUAUUAUCCAUUUUUGACCUUGGUCUCAAAAACGACAUCAAAAUAUAAGAAUGUGGGAAUACACCCUAAGGCCAUGUUCACAUGUUCAAACGUACAGAAUGUUAGAAAAUAAGAGCGGCAUCAGGACCACUCAAAAAUAUGCUGUCUCCAUAGACAGCAAUGCAUUCUCGAGUGAAAUCCGCAGAAAUAUUGAACGGGCUCAAUGUUUCUGUGGACGCCAGAAUUGGGAAUUCCGCCAUGUGCAGUAGAAUCCCAUUCAAUCAACGGGACUCUGCUGCAGUGGAAUGAAUAAUGAUGAAUAUUCCAGCAGAAUUUUGCUCGGAAAUUCCGCCGUGUGAACAUGGCCUAAGGCUGAGUUCACAAACAAUAUGAUAGGCCUCAUUUAGGUCAUUAUUUUUUCUAAAACUAGAAGUUGGCCCAAAAUAGAAGGUGCAAAACUUUCCAUUAUAGAUUUUCUCUGCCAGUUUCUGGUUUUGAUAAAACUGCUGACCAAAAUGAGGCCCAUGGCCCAUGAGUGGGAACAUAGCCAUAGUUUUUAGGCCAUUUUGUUAGGCAAAAACUACUGUCAUACAAUUUGUUCUGGCAUUUGGAAUGUUAAUAAUAUUGUUGAUCAUGUCAUUCAACUUAAUCUUGAUAUCGCACGUCUAUGGACAUUCUGCAAACUGUGAAAUAAUACUCUGAAAUAACAUUGCCUACCUCUAUGCUUGUAAUUUUUAUUAAAUAAAAAUGUGAGUGCCACUAUAUUUUCUUUAUCAUUUUGCUAUACCUCUAUGUUGUUAAAAUUAUUUAAUGUUCUUAAAAAUGAAAAAAAUAUUUUAACAGAAAAUAAAGAAAAGGUUAACCUGGACGCAGCAAUGCUGUUAAAGCACAACAUUAUGAGCAAGACUUGACAGAUGUUUUUAGGCUGAAUGGGCACAUUUGCCCCCAAAUGUUGUGUAAAGCCUUGGUUGAAGAUCAGAUGCUGUUAUAGUUGCAAAAGGGAACCAAACUAUCUUUACAGCUAUGGUUUUGAUCAAGUUUGAUAACCUAUCUUGGUCCUGUAAUCCUCCCAUACAAUAAAUUAUCUUUGUCGCCCUCCUCUGCACCCUCUCCAGUAUGGAGGGGACGUGUCGGCCGCCACUUCCUGCGAAUAGGGGAUCAGUUUUUAUGCAU